AUGGGACAGAUAAGAGAGUGGUCGGUGAAAAUGGUGGCUGAAAACCACCAGAACUUGCCGCGAUGUUCCGGCGGUGAUCAAAUUCACGAUGCUCCGGCUGGAGUUCUCUUCUCCGCCGGAGCCUAUUUUGGGAACUAUUUCCACGCAUUCACCGACGUUUUGGUCGCGCUCUUUGUCACCGCACAUCCGUUCAACCGAGAAGUCGUGCUUCUCGUCACCGACGGGAAACCAGUGCACGUCGACAAAUUUAAGACUCUGUUUAACGGACUGUCCAGGAAUAUGACUCCAAUGGAAUUCGAAUUCAGGUAUCCGACGAUCGACAUUGACAAGGCCGGACGACCGGCCGGAAACCCCCGAUGCUUCUCGAGACUCACGAUCGGCCUCAAAGGCCGCGACGGCAAAGAACUCAGCAUCAACUCGGAGCAAUCCGAAUACACGAUGGCCGACUUCAAGCGGUUCCUAAGAAGCGCAUACUCUCUCAAAAGAACAACGGCGGUAAAGCUACAAACCGGAGACAACACUCUAAUCCCCCGACUCCUGAUAAUAUCUCGCGAGAAGACUCGAAUCGUCACGAACGUGGGAGAGAUCGAGAAUCUCGCCCGAGAAAUCGGGUACCGAGUUACCGUCGGGGAGCUCGACGACGACGUUUCGAAAACGGCGGAGUUCACGAACGGUUUCGACGUGAUGAUGGGAGUUCACGGCGCCGGGCUCACCAACAUGGUCUUUCUUCCCGAGGAUGCGGUGGUGAUCCAGGUGGUUCCGUUCGCCGCGGACUGGGUUUCCGGCGCGUAUUUCGGGGAGCCGGCGGAGAAGAUGGGGCUGAGGUAUUUGGAGUACAAGAUCGGGAGGGAAGAGAGCAGCUUGAUGAGGCAGUACCCGCCGGACGACGUCGUGUUCACCGAUCCGGCGUCGUUCCGGUGGGAGGAGUUCAGCCCGAUUUACUUGCAGAACCAGAACGUGACGGUCGAUGUUACGAGAUUCAAGCCGUUGUUGGUGAAAGGUUUGGAGCUUUUGCAUGAGUGA